CAAUAUGGGCACGUGUGACAACGGAUGGAUGUGCGAACACCGCUGGCGUCAGAAUCGCAACAUGGUGAGGUUCCGUAACGUGGCAGCCGGGCACGGCAUGUUCAACUGGUGGGACAACGGCAACAACCAGAUUGCCUUCUCCAGAGGAGACAGAGCUUUCAUCGCCAUCAACAAUGAAGACUGGUCGGCACUGGACGCGACCCUGCAGACAGGACUCUCAUCUGGCGACUACUGUGACGUCAUAUCCGGUGAUCUUUCUAACGGAGGCUGUACGGGAAAGACCAUUACUGUGGGCGGGGACGGCAGGGCUCACAUUUACAUCGCAGGUGAUGACGAGGACCCAAUGAUCGCCAUCCACGCAGAGUCUAAAGUCGGCAGUGGCAACGGAAUCGACCCAGGGGUCGUAGAUCCAGUGCACCCAACGCAUACGCAUCCUACGCAUCCUACCCAGGUCAGCCCGACAGGAACAGAGAGAACAGUUGUUUUUAUCAAGAAGCAGACGUCAGUCGGACAGGACCUGUUCCUGAGAGGAGGCAUUGGACACGAAGUUAGACCAGGAUGUACAAGUGACGCAGUGUCAAGCCAAUGCGCCAUCCCCAUCUCGCAUAGAAUCGGAGGCACCAACACCAACUUGAACUCCUGGAAACAGGGGGACAACCAUCUGGACUGGUAUGGUGUCGAGAGUGGACAGGGCUAUGGUGCACAGGGUAGUCCUCUGGCCUGGACUACGAGUAACUCCAACAACGCGGCUACAGUCAGCUCCCAGGGGUACGGCUACACACCACUCAACCAGUGGGGGGACCACUACUGGAUGCUAGAUGUGGAUAUGGACUGUUCGCGAACAGAAAACGGUUGGUUUGAGGUGAAAGCCAUUGUCGGUUAUUCUGGCGGUGGUGUGCAGUGGGAGAGUGACCGGAACCAGGGGACGUGUGGUGGGACGGCGGGCGGGACCAAGCCCUACUCCUCCGGUAACCACUUCGCACGCUGCGGCAAGAUCAACGUCUUCGACUUUGACGGCAACACUUGUACAAUCGAAGAGUUUUGAGACCAAUUGGAAAAUAAACGAAUACCUCUGCUGAUUA